AUGACGUCCAACAUCACGCUCUACAGCUGGCCCACCCCCAAUGGUAUCAAGGCCUCGAUUACCCUAGAGGAGCUUGGUUUGCCAUAUAAGCUUGAACCGAUUGAUAUCAGUACCAAUAUUCAAAAGGAAGAGUGGUUCUUGAAGAUCAAUCCGAAUGGCCGCAUCCCUGCCAUCACCGACGGCUCGCAGCGCGUCUUCGAGAGCGGGUCGGUUAUGAUUUAUCUUGUCGACAUGUACGACACAGACCGGAAGAUAAGUUAUGCGCCCGGCACGCCCGAACACAUCGAACAGGUCUCUUGGCUCAUGUUCCAAAUGGGUGGCCUGGGUCCCAUGCAGGGCCAAGCUAAUCAUUUCCGUCUCUUUGCGGGGACGCGUUCUGAUUAUGGUAUUAAGCGCUAUAUCGAUGAGACCAAACGACUCUACUCGGUUCUGGAGUCCCGUCUGAGGGAAAGUCCCUACCUCGCUGGCUCCAGAUACACAAUCGCUGAUAUCGCCAACUAUUCGUGGGUCCGGAGUGCUCCUGGGUCGCUGGAGAUCGACCUCUCAGAGUUCCCAGCUCUUCGGAAGUGGGCUGACGAGAUUGGCAAGCGUGCAGCGGUACAGAAGGGCGUCAAUAUUCCGGACACUGGACGCACGGACGAGGAGAGAAACGAAUUCUUCCGGACCGCUCGCGCUAAAAUUGACAGUAUGAACAACUCUGAUAAGCAUUAA